UUAAGCCUACAACAUUUUCCUCCGGGAGCGUGAAUGUCUGUCGAGCAGCCAACAGGUGAGUGUCAAUCACUUUCUCGCGCUGACCAUGGCGCUGACCUUGGUGCUGAUCUCAUUAAUACCUGCUCUUGUCAACCUCAUCACGCAGCUCAUGUCACCUCUGGAGGGGGAAGGGGCACUGUUCAAUUAGGUUUACCAACAUCUCGAAACACAUAACACGAUUCACUCGACGGGCUUCAUAAUAUUAUUUUCUAGGAGUUGCUGGCUGCUAGGCUAUAUUUUCAGUUAAUGGGACGUUUUACCUCCCCCUGUUGGCGUGCCCGGACUAUGCUGGUGCGCAGCGGCGGGGUAGUGUUGACUGCUGUCCCCUCGCCUUGCCCAUUUUAGUCAAUGCCUGUCAGUUCACUGGAAUGCGCGACUCACAUUGUGCAGUCCCCCAGCUCGCGAGGACAUACAUUUAUAGCUCCUCAUUACGUGUCCAUUGAUUUCUAUUCAUUAUCCUCUCCAGCGACGCCUUUGAUCGAUUGUUGUCAGAUUGGUGAGGAUCAGGAUGUCUUCCUCUCCAGAGAUGACCAGUAGCCUGUUCUACACCACCCUGGCCCCCCUGCGGUCGGCAGUCCCUGGGUCUGUACCCGGGGCUGGAGGUGGAGGUCUGGUGAUGCCCACCAUGGAGCCCAACAUAACCUCCUGUGAGGAGUGGGAGGAGGCCCAUCACCUGCUCUUCCACCUGGGGAACCUGUCUCUCCUCCUGGGCCUGGUCAUCCCCACCACCCUGACCCUGCACAUGAUCCUGCUGCGCCUCAUGCUGAUGACAGGAAGCUGUCUGUUCAUCACCUGGGCAACACUGUACCGGUGUAACCUGGAUGUCAUGGUGUGGAACGUGGUCUUCCUGCUGGUCAACUUCAUGCACUUCUUCUACCUGGUCUACAAACGCAGACCUAUUAAGAUUGACAGGGAGCUGAAGUCAGUGUACAAGCGGAUGUUUGAGCCCCUUCACGUGCGCGAGGCCCUGUUCCAGAGACUGACGGGCCAAUUCUGCACCAUCCAGAGCCUGAAGAAGGGACAGGUGUAUGCUGCCGAGGACAAGACCUCCGUGGAUGAGCGCCUCAGUAUCCUCCUUAAAGGAAAAAUGAAGGUGUCAUAUCGAGGUCAUUUCCUCCAUAACAUCUACACCAACGCCUUCAUUGACUCCCCUGAGUUCAGAUCAACCCAGAUGAACAGAGGAGAAAAAUUCCAGGUGACCAUCAUGGCAGAGGAGAAUUGUAAAUUCCUGUGUUGGUCCAGAGAGAGGCUCACCUACUUCCUGGAGUCUGACUCCUUCCUGAACGAGGUGUUCAGGUACCUCAUUGGCAAAGACAUCACCAACAAGCUGUACUCGCUCAACGACCCCACUCUCAGUGACAAGGCAGCGAAGAAGAUGGAGCGUCAGCCCAGCCUGUGCUCCCAGGUCUCUAUGAUGCAGAUGAGGAACAGCAUGGGCAGCACCAGUGACACCGAUGACAUCCUGAACCAGAUCCACCGUGGAGGCUCCAGUGGCUCUUCACAUCAAAAAUCUCCUGCCUCCAAGACAUCCAAAACGAUGAAGCCCAUUGAAGAAAAAAUAGAAGACGACGUCUUUAUAGAGUCUGAGUCAGACUCUCCUGUUAAGAAACGCCACACCCCCACGACAGCCAUAGAGGUGUAAGGAGAUGUGACAUUAUCCUACAACACCACUGACCACCCACCUAUCCUGUAAUCUGAAACAAGCCCUGGUUAGUUAUGGUAGAAUAACUUAAACAAUAGCUUGAAAAAGGCUUUUACAUGAUCAAAAUAUCUAUCUACAUAUAGCUGGAAAACCGAACUGUAGAUUUUGGCAUCUCACGUUGUCUUGUAGUGUUUGGUAUUAUUGUGAGUUUGUAGCUGUCUCUUUUUAAAUCCUGUUUGAUUGGAUGUUGUACAAUGCCUUUGCUUAGCUCUUAUACUCAGUGAGUGUUCCAAAAGUAUUACGUGUCACAACCACAACAUUUUAGUGUAAGCACAACCUCUGAGGAAGGUUUCUUUUAAACCUUUUACUCAUUGUGUGUCAUAUUGUGUGAUUAAUUCUCUUAUUUAUGCACUGAGCUUCUGCAGUGUUGUGCUUCGAUGAAUGCAGAUUUAACAUGUUAAACCUCCUGGUCAAUGCUAACCAUUUGAGGCUGUUGUGCUGUUUUUUUUCCACAGUGUACAAGUUUGGGAUCACUUUUUUAUGCCAUGAUAGUUACCUUAUAUUAAUUACUCAGAGGGAACACUUGAAAAAGAAAUCAACAGAAAUGAUGGAUAGCUCGUAGACCUCUGCUUUUUAUCCUAUAGCGCCCUCUAGGAGCUAUCAUGAGUACUAACGGUUUAUUUUCUCAGUCUGAACUACUGUCACUGUUUAAACCAGGUCAAUGUUCAAACUCAUUCCAUGGAGGGCAUGUUUUGGUUUUCCUUCCAACUAAGACCCAGACAACCAAGUGAGGGGAGUUCUUUACUAAUUAGUGACCUUAAUUCAUCAAUCAAGUACGAGGAGCCAAACAGAAACUCGGCCCUCUGUGGAACGAGUCGCAUCCCUGAAAGAUCAACCAGACCAAAAGAAGAGGUUAGCAACAGGCUUUAUUAUUUCAGUCAAAUAAACCUUUUGAAUAUCUCAGACAAACCAUGAUUGAUGUAACAAAAAAAUGGCUUUGAAUACAAUGAAUGAAUUGAAUACAAUGAAUGAAUUGAAUAUAAUUCAUUCAUUCAGGCCAACAGGAAAACAA